AGACAUAUGACUUACAUUUUUAACUACAUAUUUUUUAAUUUACAGUCCUAGAUAUAUUUUAUAACUCAUUAUGACCUACAAUAACAACGUACUUAUAGGUAAUUGGAGUGAAGAAAGACUAAAAAAUGAGUACGAGUUCAAACUUUUCCUUCGAAAACGCGACAGGCGUGAAUUAUUGCUACAGAGAUCCAGAACGUUAUUUAGUAACCUGUUGAUGGAGAGACCUCUGGCAAUUAGUGGUAAUUUUGUCUUAUAUGGAUAUAAUGUGCAAGUGGUUGCAUCUGACAUGCCAGUCGCCAAAAAGAAGGUAGAAGGUCAUAAACAGCAGUACGGACUUGCGUUGUCAAGCGUAGUAAGUGCGCGGCAAGUGGACUUCCUACAGAAUAUUAAUGAUGGAUGCCUUAUGACCCUCUCGCCUAUUACAACACCCUGCUGUCGGAACACCUUCGUCAUAGUCAGCGCUGACGACGAAUCUAUACACGGAACGAAAAUGAAUUACGGUGACGAAUUUUUCUUGAAAGCGGAAAACUAUGGGGAUACUACGGCAUCGCCGCUGUACGUCCGGUAUAUUCCGCAAUGCACGCCCGCCCCAGCCGACCGCAUGCCACUCUCGUUGAGCACCAUAAAAGACACCAACUGCCGAUGGACUACUUUACCACUGCUAGCUCGCGAUCGUCUCGAGGGGCUGGGUAGCCCCGUAAGGACCGGUUAUCGAUUAAUCGUGAAGAAUUGUGUUGCUGACCAGAAUUUGUGUGUCAUGAACCAAAAUUGGAUCCAGACAUUCUUUGGAGCUCAUAAACUAAACCAAUUUUUGGACCAAAUGAAGAAGGGGGACUUAAUGUUGGCUAGAUACCGCAAAAUGACUGACAACCUGAUGCAGUCCUGUGUACUGACUCAGUCAACGGGGAGCAUUCGUUUUGGAAAUAGGAUUUGUUUGUUGGCACCACACGUACCCUCAACGGAUCCCCCGACGGAGGGCUUGAACGGUCUGCUCCUCGGAGGUCGCAUAUCCUCCAACGAUAUCAACUACUCUCAGGAGUUGGAAGACGGGUGCACUCUGGUCGGGCUACCGUCGAAGACACCGACGGAACGAUGCGCCUUUAUCAUCACCAGCGCCGACUACUGCGAUAGAGAGGGGGAGCAGCUUAAGUAUAACCAGGAGUUUCUGCUGGCCUUAGCGUCAUCCGUUGAGAAAAAGAAACCGUUGUACAUACGGUACGACCCGAACCCUAUCCCGGGCCUGACGGGGCCGUUCUCUCUCUACCUGAGCGAGCAUGCCGUCUCUAACACCAGAUGGCGCGUGCUACCCAAAAUGAGACCGGAUUUAACCAGAUUCGAACAAGAAGGGAAACCGGUUCAGGUGAAUACCGACAUCAUUAUAAACCAUUGUGCUACUAAUGCUAAUCUAGGAAUAAAUGUGGGCCGCUGGUCUAUGGGUUUUUACGGAAAAAUUUGCGCGCCUUUAAUGAAGACCCUAUUGGACAUUUACGGGCGAGAUCUACCGAGUAAUAUUUGGCAAAUCUACGUUCCUUUAUCCGAUUCUUAG